GAACGCGGCAGCAGCUGCCUCCAUUUACAUAAAGCUGCGUGAUACAGCAACACGCACAUCCAGCAGGUAGGAACUCGUCUCUGCGCCAUGGACAGCGGACCACAGAUUCCUGACAGAAACAGAUACUUCCAGACUGUCCUGCUGUUCCUGGUAUCGUUUGUACAGGGCGCCAACAACGGCAUCAUCGGCAUCACCCUGCCAGACCUUCUGUGUCUUCUCCACGUCGACCUGCACACCGCCAGCUCCAUCUUCAUGUGCUACGGUGCGGGGAUGUGCCUGAGUACGGGGGACGCCUUGUUCAGAACGAGAUCCUGUGGCCCAAACAUACAUUCUGCUUGUACCUGAUGGCGACCGGUUCCUCCCUCGCUCCGAUCAUUCUGCCGCUUAUCGCCACACCGUUCCUCCACGCCCGCCAAACACAGCUCCAUCAACACAAAAACAUGACCGUGGUCUAUGAUCAGCACGCUGCCUGUGAAAACUUUUCUACUGAUAUUGAAUAUGUCUUCUUAGGUCUGUCCGUUGUAGGUAUUAUAGUCUCUGCAUGUUUAUUGGCAAACCACUACAACCUGCUCAGCAAGGGCUACACGAUCAAAGCAGCAAGGCCUGUUGUCCAGGCCAAGCGUGAUGUUCGAGUGACAGUGAAGAGAACUAUGAAAUGUAGUGUAUUUUCUGUGGUGGUCAUAUUGGCAUCAUUUACUAUGACAGCCUGUCUGAGUACCUAUCUGUCCCUCCUGGUAACAUUUGGCAUCCGUUCGCGCCUCCGUCUCGAUGUCGAUUCCACCUCCUUCCUCAUGAGCAACUUCAGCCUGGGUGUGUUCCUUGGCAGACUGUCUAACAUGCUGCUGUCCCACAGAGUCCGACCAACAGUCACCAUGUCGUUAAACCUGGUACUCUGCCUUGCAGCCUCGUCCUUCCUGCUGGCGUAUAGAGACACCAGCUCUUGGGUCGUGUGGAUCAGCACUGCGUUCGUUGCAUUUGGAAACGGGCCUCUUCUACCCGGCUUUCUCGCCUGGACAAAGCAGCAUAUGGAUCUGUCUCCCAAUGUACUGAAUGCAAUAAUGCUGCCCAACUAUGCUGGUUCUGUGACGGUCGCAACCAUUACUGGCAUAAUCAUGGACAUGACAGGGGCAAUCUCAUUUGUUUACUCAACUGCAGGAAUUUGUUUCGUACAAACAAUCCUUUAUUGUGUCCUGUUUGUGAUUUCUAAAUCGAAAUAAAACCUUUUUUUACUGGAA